CUCGCGGGCAGGGCGGCGGCAGUGCGCAGGCGCGGCUCCGUUCACCGUGACCGUGCGACCCCGGUGUCCUCGCGCAGGAUGGCGGCCCUCCGGGCUCUGGUGGCGUCCAGGCUAGCGGUGACCGCCGCCUUCGCGCCGCGCUCCGGCCUGUGUGCGCUGCCGUUCGGCGGAGCGGCGCAGUCCCCGCGCGCGGCCUUCCACGCCUCCGCGCCGCGCCCCGUGGCCAGGGUCGCAGUGGUGCUGUCCGGAUGCGGGGUCUACGACGGGACAGAGCUCCAUGAGGCCUCAUCGAUACUGGUUCACCUGAGCCGUGCGGGGGCCGAGGUCCAGAUCUUCGCUCCUGACAUCCCUCAGAUGCACGUGAUUGACCACACCAAGGGGCAGCCUUCUGAGGGCGAAACCAGGAAUGUUCUGACUGAGUCCGCGAGGAUCGCCCGCGGCAAGAUCACCGACCUGGCCAAACUCAGCGCUGCUAACCACGACGCGGCCGUCUUCCCCGGGGGCUUCGGAGCCGCCAAAAACCUGAGCACGUUCGCCGUAGACGGGGGCGACUGCAAGGUGAAUAAAGACGUGGAACGCGUCCUGAAGGAGUUCCACCAGGCCGGGAAGCCCAUCGGCUUGUGCUGCAUCGCUCCCGUCCUCGCGGCCAAAGUGCUCAGAAGUGUCGAGGUCACCGUGGGCCACGAGCAGGAGGAAGGCGGCAGGUGGCCGCACGCUGGGACCGCGCAGGUCAUCAAAGCCCUGGGUGCCAAGCACUGCGUGACGGGAGUGACCAUAUCCUUCCAGCAGCGGGGGCGACGUGGGAAACCGCCCUCUGGCCCCUCGGGGCCACCCUGGGGUGCUGCACAGCCGGGGCGACCAGGGCAUGUGCGUGGAGGGGCGUAGCACCCGAGGCUGUGACCCCUCCGCCGUGCAGUGGUCACGUUCCCAAGUCCCCGCAGUGACACUGGCUGAGCUCAGCACACCCCAGGCGGGGGGCUCGGUGGGUCGGGUGAGGAGACGGCCGUGGCUCGCGGCGGGUGGGUAGGGCGCUGCCUGUGGCGGAGGGAGAGUGAGUACCCGGUGCCGGGCCAAAGGCCGGGGUGGCAGACGCGAGGGCUGCUUGUCCUUAUCUGGUGGCAGUCCCCUGGGUGGCCCAGACGGAGGGCCACCCCCGGCAGCCUUGUCGCCCCCAUUCCUCCUGCAAGCGGGUCCUCUGUGUCUGAGGUCACCAGGGUGCGCUGCGGCUGUAGAGAGCCUCAGGCCACAGGCUACCCGCCUUCCAGCUCUGCGCCUGGACCCGAGGGUCUCCAUGGGGGCCGGAGUCAGCAGCAGAACAGCGCGGGGCCCCAGGAGGCGCAGGAGACCAGCCCGUUACCCUCCGGCGUCUGUCCUGGCCGGGGCGCGCUCCUCGGUGUGUCUCUACUUGCAGGCAGUUUCAGGCGUGAAUGUCCCUCCCCUUCCAGCACAGAGUCGCCAGCCCCGGACCUGGGGCUUGGCGUUGGCCCAGGAAGCAGGUCUCAGGGAGGAGCUGUGCAGUGUUCUUCCGUAACCUGUGUGCACGAGGCUCACGUGGACUGGAAGAACAAGGUGGUCACGACCCCGGCCUUCAUGUGUGACACGGCCUUCCACCACAUUCACGACGGGCUCGGGGCCAUGGUGAGCAAGGUGCUGGAACUCGCCAGCAAGUGAGGCCCUCGGCGCGGGGCUGCUCGCCUGUCAGCUUGGAACCGGGCAGGAAUUGAUUUCUUCGCUUAAACCUGCAGGCAUUUUCUUUGUAAGGAAACGCUCGGGGUCCGGGGUAGACUCCCUCUCAAGGAGUGAGGCCGGGGCGGCAGGGCCCACCGUCUGAGGGGCGCUGGCACCUGGCCUCGUGUGCAGCUUCCAGCUUGAGAUCAAGUCUGCCUUUCUGCGCCAGCAGGAGGGCGAGAGAGGACGGCAGUCCUAGGCCGGGCUCGCGUCAGAGCACCUUACUUAGUAUUCGGAAGGAAACAGUCUUUACGUUUGUAAAUCUGAUAAUCAGGAGACCAGAAUACCGCCUCCUCGACAAUUAAAGCUUCUCUAACCUGGA